AUGAAAAAUUGUGAAUUAUCAAAACGUGAUUUAAUUUUUAAUAAUGUAAUAAAUACAAAGAAUAAUUUAAAGCGUCUGAAUAAAAACGUAAAAGGAGAUCUUACUUAUGCCGAAAAAAAACCAAAAGAUACGUCUUUAAUUAUUGAAGAAGAUAAAGAUGAAGAUAGUGAACUAGAUUGUGGACAAUCAGAAAAAAAAUACAAAAUAUCAAAUGGAGAAGAAAUAAAUAAUACAUUUCCAAAUUUUAAUAAAGAAGAUAAUUAUAAUAUAUAUGAUAAUUUAUCCGUAAAAGAAUUAAGCGAUGAAGAAGUAAGCUCCGAAAAUGAAUAUAAUAAAAAGAUAAAAAAAAAUGUUUUAAACAAUCCAAUAAAUAAUCAAAACUCCAUAGAACUAUAUACUAAAACGUCAAUAAACGAUGAACAAAAUUAUAAAAAUAUUAAUGAACAAAACAAUAAUAGUUCAGGCAAAAUUUCUUAUAAUGUUGAUGAAUGGAUUUGUAAAUUGUUAAAAUGUGAAUUGCUAAAAAUCGAAGAAGUCAAAUUAAUGUGUGACCUCUUAAUUGAUAUUUUAAAAAAUGAAGAAAACUGUGUCAGAAUUAAUGUCCCUGUAACUGUUGCUGGAGAUAUUCAUGGACAAUUUUUCGACCUUUUGGAAUUAUUCCAUAUCGGAGGUUUACCACCUGAUGUGAAUUAUUUAUUCUUAGGCGAUUACGUAGACAGAGGUUACUAUUCGUGUGAGUGUUUUUGCUUAGUUGCCUGUUUUAAGAUAAAAUACCCCAGCAGGGUGACACUAUUGAGAGGUAAUCAUGAGAGCAGACAGAUAACCAAGGUAUAUGGUUUUUAUGAUGAAUGUAUAAGAAAAUAUAAUAAUAACAACAUAGUAUGGAAAUAUUUAACGGAUGUAUUUGAUUAUUUGCCUUUAACAGCAAUAAUAAAUGAUGAGAUAUUUUGUGACCAUGGUGGUAUAUCGCCAUGUUUGCAAACAAUAGAUGAGAUAAAUAAGUUGGAUAGGUUUAAAGAGAUACCUCAGGAUGGAGCAAUAUGUGAUUUAUUGUGGAGUGACCCGGCUGGUCCUGAGGACGAAAUAACAGAGGGUUGGAAACCUUCUCCUAGAGGAGCAGGAGUUUUAUUUAGUGAAGAAAAAACGGAGAGUUUUUUACGUAUGAAUAAACUUUCUUGUAUAUGUAGGGCUCAUCAGUUAGUACAAGAUGGAUUUCAGUGGAUGCAUAAUGAUAAAGUUGUUACAAUUUUUAGUGCGCCCAAUUAUUGUUAUCGUUGUGGUAAUUGUGCAUCUUUAAUGCUUGUAGAUGAAUUUAUGGAAAAGGAUUUUAUAACGUUUAACACUGCUCCAUUAAGAGCAAAUGCUCAAGCUUUAAGAAGAAAUGUUCAAUAUAUGUUGUAA